GCCAGGCUGCGUCCGCCAUAGUACCUGGCUUGGAGGUGUCGGGGACGAUUGGUGAGGGCCGAGAGCGGCAGGGGAGCUAAAAAAAAAACAGGGGGAGCCAGCGGAGCCCUUGCCGUUGCCGUUGCCCGGCAGUUUCCGGGGAUAUUCUCGCGGUUCUGGGCCUAAAGUCGACGGAACCGAAAGGCGAAAGAAGCGCGGAGCACCCGACGAGAGGAAGCGUCAGGGAGCCUCGGCGGUGUCCCCGGGGUCCUCCGAAACCACCCGGUCACUGGUUGGGGCCGGGGUUGGUGAGGAAGUGCUUCGAGGCCUAGUUGAGGCCUAGUACCGGCUUUGUGUCUGAGGAGGCGGCGGCGGGGGGGAGGCGGAGCCGGAGCCGGGGGCGGCCUGCGAGAAGGCCUCUCCUCCGCCGACCGUGCGUUUUUGGCCUAGGCCGCGGGGCUGCCCGGGGCCGCAAGGGAGCAGGCGGUUUGUGUGUGUGGUGGGGGCCUGGGCCUGGGGCAGCUGACGCCGCUCGUCCGGAAGCCAGGAGGAGGCGAGAGGCCGCUCGUGGACUCCGGGCCUAGGCCCUUUCCCCUCAGCCUUCUCCCGAGGUCUGGGUCACCCCAAUCCACGGAAAGAGACCAUCCGGGAGGUGCGGACGCGCUAUGGACCCCUGACCCCGCUGGGGUCGCUCGGACUCUAACGUGUGGACUGACCGCUACAGACUGCAUCGCUUGUCCCCGUCUCCUGCCGGCCCUUAGCAUGAGCGAGGGGGACCCAGCCGGGUGACAUUGUGGCCACUGGCGGAUUCUCCAUUUCCUCCCCUUCCCUGUCCUCACCCGCCUCCUCCCACAUGAAAUGAUUCUGAGUUUCGGGGGUUCUGGAUUAUUGUUCUUACGACCCCCUGCUUUUGGUUGGGGGGUAUUUAAGGCCUUAGGGUCCUUCAGUGUCUUUUUGAGUGUUUUGUGUGUGUACAUAUUUUGCUCUUGAGUUUAUAAAUAUACAUACGUUGAGCGUGUCCACGUCUCCUCGCUGAACCUUAGGAAUCCUUUGGCACCAUGUCCUGUGUGCAUUAUAAAUUUUCCUCUAAACUCAACUAUGAUACCGUCACCUUUGAUGGGCUCCACAUCUCCCUCUGCGAUUUAAAGAAGCAGAUUAUGGGGAGGGAGAAGCUGAAAGCUGCCGACUGCGACCUGCAGAUCACCAACGCGCAGACGAAAGAAGAAUACACUGAUGAUAAUGCUCUAAUUCCUAAGAAUUCAUCUGUAAUUGUUAGAAGAAUUCCUAUUGGUGGUGUUAAAUCUACAAGCAAGACAUAUGUUAUAAGUCGAACUGAACCAGUGAUGGGAACUUCAAAAGCAAUUGAUGACUCUUCUGCGUCUAUUUCUCUGGCCCAGCUUACAAAGACUGCCAAUCUGGCUGAAGCCAAUGCUUCUGAAGAAGAUAAAAUUAAAGCAAUGAUGUCGCAAUCUGGCCAUGAAUACGACCCAAUCAAUUACAUGAAGAAGCCUCUAGGUCCACCACCACCUUCUUAUACCUGUUUCCGAUGUGGCAAACCUGGCCAUUACAUUAAGAAUUGCCCGACAAAUGGGGAUAAGAACUUUGAAUCUGGUCCUAGAAUUAAAAAGAGCACUGGAAUUCCUAGAAGUUUUAUGAUGGAAGUGAAAGAUCCUAACAUGAAAGGUGCAAUGCUUACAAACACUGGAAAAUAUGCAAUACCCACUAUAGAUGCAGAAGCAUAUGCUAUUGGGAAGAAAGAAAAACCACCCUUCUUACCAGAGGAACCAUCUUCUUCUUCAGAAGAAGAUGAUCCUAUCCCAGAUGAAUUGUUGUGUCUCAUUUGUAAAGAUAUUAUGACCGAUGCAGUUGUCAUUCCCUGCUGCGGAAACAGUUACUGUGACGAAUGUAUACGGACAGCACUGCUGGAGUCAGAGGAACACACGUGUCCGACAUGUCACCAGAACGAUGUCUCUCCUGAUGCUUUAAUUGCCAAUAAAUUUUUACGACAGGCUGUUAAUAACUUCAAAAAUGAAACUGGUUAUACAAAAAGACUACGAAAACAGCUGCCUCCACCACCACCCCCAAUACCACCUCCAAGACCACUUAUUCAGCGGCACCUACAACCUCUGAUGAGAUCUCCAAUAUCGAGACAGCAGGAUCCGCUGAUGAUUCCGGUUACAUCUUCAUCAGCUCACCCAGCCCCAUCUAUAUCUUCAUUGACUUCGAAUCAGUCUUCCUUGGCUCCUCCGGGGCCUGGAAAUUCAUCUUCUGCCCCAGCUCCUGUUCCUGAUAUAACUGCAACAGUGUCCAUAUCAGUCCAUUCAGAAAAAUCAGAUGGACCUUUCCGGGAUUCUGAUAAUAAAAUCUUGCCAGCUGCAGCCCUUGCAUCAGAACAUUCAAAGGGAGCCUCCUCAAUCGCCAUUACUGCUCUAAUGGAAGAGAAGGGUUAUCAAGUACCUGUACUUGGAACCCCAUCUUUGCUUGGACAGUCACUGUUGCAUGGACAAUUGAUUCCCACAACUGGUCCAGUAAGAAUAAAUGCAGCUCGUCCAGGUGGGGGUCGACCGGGCUGGGAACAUUCCAACAAACUUGGAUAUCUGGUAUCUCCACCACAGCAAAUUAGAAGAGGGGAGAGGAGCUGCUACAGGAGUAUAAACCGUGGCCGACACCACAGCGAGAGAGCACAGAGGACUCAAGGCCCAUCACUGCCAGCCACUCCGGUGUUUGUGCCGGUCCCGCCGCCGCCUCUGUAUCCACCUCCUCCCCACACACUUCCUCUACCUCCAGGUGUUCCUCCACCACAGUUUUCUCCUCAGUUUCCUCCUGGCCAGCCACCACCUGCUGGGUAUAGUGUCCCUCCUCCAGGGUUUCCUCCAGCUCCUACCAAUUUAUCAACACCUUGGGUGUCAUCAGGAGUGCAGACAGCUCACUCAAAUACCAUCCCAACAACACAAGCACCACCUUUGUCCAGGGAAGAAUUCUAUAGAGAGCAGCGGCGGCUAAAAGAAGAGGAAAAGAAAAAGUCCAAGCUAGAUGAGUUUACAAAUGAUUUUGCUAAGGAAUUGAUGGAAUACAAAAAGAUUCAAAAGGAGCGUAGGCGCUCAUUUUCCAGGUCUAAAUCUCCUUAUAGUGGUUCAUCAUAUUCAAGAAGUUCAUAUACUUACUCUAAAUCAAGAUCUGGUUCGACACGUUCACGCUCUUAUUCUCGAUCAUUUAGCCGCUCUCACUCUCGUUCCUAUUCACGAUCACCUCCAUAUCCCAGAAGAGGCAGAGGCAAGAGUCGGAAUUACCGUUCACGGUCUAGAUCUCAUGGAUAUCAUCGAUCUAGGUCAAGAUCGCCUCCAUAUAGACGAUACCAUUCGCGAUCAAGAUCUCCUCAAGCAUUUAGGGGACAGUCUCCUAAUAAACGUAAUGUACCUCAAGGGGAAACAGAACGCGAAUAUUUUAAUAGAUACAGAGAAGUUCCACCACCUUACGAUAUAAAAGCUUACUAUGGCAGGAGCGUUGACUUUAGAGACCCAUUUGAGAAAGAGCGUUACAGAGAAUGGGAGAGAAAAUACAGAGAGUGGUAUGAAAAAUACUAUAAGGGUUAUGCUGCUGGAGCACAGCCUAGACCCUCGGCAAAUAGAGAGAACUUUUCUCCAGAGAGAUUUUUACCACUUAAUAUCAGGAAUUCUCCCUUUCCAAGGGGCCGCAGAGAAGAUUAUUCUGCUGGACAGAGUCACAGAAGUCGAAACAUAGGUGGCAACUAUCCAGAAAAACUUUCAACAAGAGACAGUCACAAUCAAAAGGAUAAUACGAAACCAAAAGAGAAGGAGAGUGAAAAUGCUCCAGGAGACGGUAAAGGAAAUAAGCAUAAGAAACAUAGAAAAAGAAGAAAAGGAGAAGAGAGUGAAUGUUUUCUGAACCCAGAGUUACUAGAGACAUCUAGGAAAUCUAGAGAACCUACAGGUGGAGAGGAAAAUAAAACAGACUCAUUGUUUGUUCUCCCAAGUAGAGACGAUGCAACACCUGUUAGAGAUGAACCGAUGGAUGCAGACUCCAUCACGUUUAAAUCAGUAUCUGAAAAAGACAAGAGAGAAAAAGAUAAGCCAAAAACAAAAGGUGACAAGACCAAACGGAAAAAUGAUGGCUCUACUGUGUCUAAAAAAGAAAAUGUAAAACCUGCUAAAGGACCUCCAGAAAAAGUAGACGGAGAGCGUGAAAAAUCUCCUCGACCUGAGCCUCCACUUAAAAAAGCCAAAGAGGAGACUCCAAAGGCUGACAGUGCUAAUAAGUCAACAUCUUCCUCUCAGAAAGAUGACAAGAGCAUUAGUAUCCCCAGAAAAGCUCACUCCAAGUCAGUGAAAGAACACCAAGAGGUGAAACCAGUCAAAGAGGAAAAAGUGAAGAAGGACUAUCCUAAAGAUGUCAAAUCAGAAAAGCUAACUAAUAAGGAAGAAAAGACCAAGAAACCUACUGAGAAAAGUAAGCCACUUGAUAGCAAGGGAGAAAAAAGAAAAAGAAAAGCUGAAGAAAAAGGUGUAGAUAAAGAUUUUGAGUCAUCUUCACUGAAAAUCUCUAAACUAGAAGUAACUGAAAUAGUGAAACCAUCACCAAAACGCAAAAUGGAGCCUGAUAUCGAAAAGAUGGAUAGAACCCCUGAAAAGGACAAGAUUUCAUCAACUGCCCCAGCCAAAAAAAUCAAGCUCAACAGAGAAACGGGGAAAAAAAUUGGAAGUACAGAAAAUAUAUCUAAUACAAAAGAACCGUCUGAAAAAUUGGAGUCAACAUCUAGCAAAGUUAAACAAGAAAAAGUUAAAGGAAAGGUCAGACGAAAAGUAACUGGGACUGAAGGAUCCAGCUCAACUCUUGUGGAUUAUACCAGUACAAGCUCAACUGGAGGCAGUCCUGUGCGGAAAUCUGAAGAAAAAACAGAUACAAAACGAACUGUCAUUAAAACUAUGGAAGAAUAUAAUAAUGACAAUACAGCACCUGCUGAAGAUGUUAUUAUUAUGAUUCAGGUUCCUCAAUCCAAGUGGGAUAAAGAUGACUUUGAAUCUGAAGAAGAAGAUGUUAAAUCUACGCAGCCUAUAUCAAGUGUAGGAAAACCUGCUAGUGUUAUAAAAAAUGUUAGCACUAAGCCAUCAAACACAGUCAAGUACAGUGAAAAAGAAAGUGAGCCAUCAGAGAAAAGUCAGAAACUCGCCAAAGAAGUGAGCCACGAAAUAAUACAGCAUGAGGUUAAAAGUUCAAAAAACUCUCUCUCUAGUGAAAAAGGGAAAACCAAAGAUCGAGAUCACUCGGUGUUGGAAAAGGACAACCUGGAAAAGAGGAAGAGCAGCAUUCAGCCAGAGAAAGACAGUAAUUUGGACCGUCUGAAUGAGCAAGGGAGCUUUCAAAGUCUGUCUCAGUCUUCCAAAGAGACGAGAACUUCAGAUAAGCAUGAUUCCGUCCGUGGUUCCUCAAAUAAAGACUUCACUCCCAGCAGAGACAAAAAACCCGACUAUGACAACAGAGAUUAUUCAAGUUCCAAACGUAGAGAUGAAAGGAAUGAGUCAGCAAGAAGAAAAGACUCUCCUCCUUGGAGUAAAGAUUCUGCAUCUGGACAAAAAAAUAAACCCAGAGACGAGAGAGAUUUGCCUAAGAAAGGAACAGGAGACUCAAAAAAAAGUAAUUUAAGUCCCUCAAGAGACAGAAAACCCCAUGAUCACAAAGCCGCUUAUGAUACUAAACGCUCAAGUGAAGAGACAAAGUCUGUGGAUAAAAAUCCUUGUAAAGACCGUGAGAAGCAUGUGUCAGAAGGAAGGAAUAGUAAAGACUUAAGUGCCAAUAAAUUGCUGUAUAUACUUAACCCACCAGACGCACAGAUUGAAAAAGAGCAAGUUACUGGGCAAAUUGACAAGAAUGCCAUCAAGCCUAAACCCCAGUUAAGCCAUUCUUCUCGACUUUCCUCCGACUUAACUAGAGAAACUGAUGAAGCUGCUUUUGAACCAGACUAUAAUGAAAGUGACAGUGAAAGUAAUGUAUCUGUAAAAGAAGAGGAAACAACAGGAAAGACUUCUAAGGAACUGAAAGACAAAGUGAUAGAGAGGGCAAAAGAGAACUUGGUCCCAGCAGCAGUUGGCCAGAUGGGCAUAAGCAGGAGUCAGAGUCAGAGCAGCCCCAGCGUUAGUCCGAGCAGAAGUCACAGCCCUUCUGGAAGCCAAACCCGGAGCCACAGUAGCAGCGCCAGCUCAGCGGAAAGUCAGGACAGCAAGAAGAAGAAGAAGAAGAAAGAGAAGAAAAAGCACAAGAAACAUAAAAAACACAAGAAGCAUAAGAAGCAUGCAGGCACUGACGUCGAAUUGGAAAAAAGCCAAAAACACAAACACAAGAAGAAGAAGUCAAAGAAGAACAAAGAUAAAGAGAAGGAGAAGGAGAAAGAUGACCAAAAAGUGAAAUCUGUCACUGUGUAAAAGGACAGAUUUUAAAAAUUGACUUAAUUACUAAGUCAUCUGUAUUAAAUUUUGUUAUAAUGUAAAGAGAUUCAAACCUUGUAAAUAGUGAGAUGGAAGACCCUGUGCUGCACUUAAAAUAUUGCUGCUUGAUUAUUUGAUUUUUACAUCAGAGCUUUAUAACACGAACUUUUGUACAGAAUUGUGAGUUGUGACCAUGUAACAUGAGAGGUUUUGCUAGGGCCUAUUAUUUUUAACCACCAUUAAUUAGUUGGGGUGGAGUUUACUGUACUGUGAAAUUUUCACAUUUGAAUUUUUUUAAUUGCCUGGCAGAAGCGGAUAUCAGUUCUAAAAUAUCAGCAGAAUGAUUUGCUGAAUUCAUUACAACCCCGUUAUGUCACUUUUUGAUUACAAUAAAAGUUUUCAGUAAACUUUUCAAA